AUGCUCGCGCUUUUAGGUGAAGAAGAGUGGAAUGAUUCCAGUGAGCAGUUGUUUUUACAUGUUCAAAAACUCAUCAAACAAUGCAAUGCUGAGCAGCAACAAGCCAUUCUUAUGUGCUUCAACUCUAAUGAUAUAGCGAUUUUGAGGGGAUAUCCGGGCACUGGAAAAACGACGGUGAUUUCUGUGAUUGUUAUCCUUUGCGUGUUGCUGAGAAAGAGCGUAUUCCUCACAUCUCACACUCAUACAGCCAUUGAUAAUAUUCUUCUUAAGUUGCUUCAGCAUGAUUUGCCGAUUUUAAGACUUGGAGAUAUCGCGAAGAUCCAUCCUCAAACAACUCGCUAUCACAUAUCAAAUCAAUGGUCUGGAGACUUUGGCACUUACCAGUCGAUUUAUGAAUCGAAAUCGAUUGUUGCCGCCACGGUCUACACGAAUCUACAACAGUUUCCGAGAGGCAAAGUGUUUGAUCUUUGCAUUGUCGAUGAAGCUGGACAGAUUCCAGAGCCUUCGAUCCUACAAGCGUUUCUUCUUUCCAAACAGGUUUUUCUUGUUGGAGACUCCAAGCAACUGCCUCCGAUCGUGCAGAAUCCACUCGCUGCGAAAUUCGGAUUCGAUAUUUCGUUGAUGGCGCGACUGGAACAGAGCGGAAGUGAAGAUUCGAAGUGGAUAGGCAAGCUUUACACACAAUACCGAAUGAACGAACCCAUCAUGAAUCUUGUGAACCAUCUCGUUUAUGAUAAUACAUUACGAGCAGCUUCUGAAUCGAUCGCAAAUGCGUUUCUGCCAGUUCGGAUCGAUUCAAACGCUCCUAUGUGGAUACAGACAGUGCUGAGUCCCGCUAAUGGCGUUGUCUUCAUUUCUACAGACAGUCAGUCCAAAGAAAGGAAUGAAAAGGAAAUUCAAGAAGAGGAUAAUCGUCGAAGUAGCAUGCUCGAAGCUCGUAUAGUCUCUGAACUAAUCAAAUACAUCACAAGUGGAGGGGUUUCCAGCGAAUCGAUUGGUAUUAUCUCCCCUUACAAUGCUCAGGUUGCUUACAUCCAGUCCGUAAUUGGAGAUAAAUCAAUCGAAAUAUCAACGGUUGAUAGUUUUCAGGGAAGAGAAAAGGAAUGUAUUAUCAUAUCGCUAGUGAGAAACAAUAGAAAGCAGAAGAUUGGAACAUUGCUAAAGGAUUGGAGGCGAAUUAACGUGGCGUUCAGUCGAGCAACAAGAAAGCUGAUCAUUAUUGGUUCAGAAAUCACUUUGUGCGCGGAGCCAAUUUGGUUAGAGGUAUGA